AUGCUGCAGUCGGUGGUCGCCACACUCGCCGAGGCGGCCGACCUCGCGGGGCGCUGCCGGGGCCCACCGCCGGGCGGGAAGCUGCUGACGCAGAGCGCCAUCGACGCGCUCUCCGGGAAGCUGGACCUCAACCUCCAGGACUGCGCGCUGCUCGUCAGGACUGGCGUGCUGUCCGACGCCUCCGGCCCGUCGCCGCCGGCGGAGGCGGACGUCCGGGAGCUGCUCGCGAGCUGCAGAUCGGCUGCUCACGGCGUCGGCGCCCGUGGCCUGUGGUCGCGGAGUCAGGCACCUGCAACGGCCCUGCUCAUGUCGGAGGGCGUCCUGCCGCCGCUCAUCAGGCUGGCCGAGUCCGGCAGCCUCGUCGAGCGCGAGAAGGCCGCGAUCACGCUGCAGCGCCUAUCCGCCGCGUCCCCUGAUGCUGCGCGCGCGGUCGUCGGCCAUGGCGGCGCUGGUCCAAAUGCUUACGGGGCCCUGCUCACGAACGGCUACAGGCGAAGGCCCAUUGCAGGCGGCCUGUCCUUCUCCUCUCCUGAGGACGGCGAUGGCCGACGCGGCGGCGAUGGCGGGCGAUGGCCCCUCGGCCGCCGGGGCCCGGCGAAGAGGAGGAGGAAGCGUGCCGCAUCUGCCACAUCCCGGCCGAGGCGGACCGCCCCCUUCGCCACCCCUGCGCCUGCCGCGGAAGCAUCAGGUUCGUCCACGACGAUUGCCUGCCCCAAUGGCUCGCCACGCGGCGCGGGAGCUCGGCGUCUAGAUGCGAGGUGUGCAAGCGCGCCAUCUCCAUCGCCCCCGUCGACGCCGCGAACGCUCCCGCCAGGCUGCCCCUCCCCGAGUUCAUGCUCGGCCUGGCCAACAAGCUCUCCUGCUCCUCUCCCUCCUCUUCGCCGUCUGGGUCUGGGAGUUCCUCAUGCCCUUCACCAACCUCUGGGUCUGGCGCCUCGCCCUCUCCAGGACCUUGGCUCAAGUGCGCCGCCUCCUCUCCCUCCGUGCCACUGCCUUCUCCAGGCCCUACGCCUUGAGGUUCAUUCCCUCGCGGACACCGUCCUCGCCUGCGCCUCCGUUAGAAGAGCCUUCCUAGAGCUCCCCAACCUUACCGAUGCCCUUGCUCCCGUUGCACAAUGGGUGACGCGGGUCGAAGCUCACCUGCACAACUGCUUUGGAGGCUUGGAUACCUUGCAACUGCUUGCGCUGCACACCAUCGAAGCAUCCCUAAUGGUGGUGAUAGGUGAUGUGGCAUUUGCUCUUCUGCUUGGAUUUCUCCCCUUCUCACUGGGAAGAAUAGUAUUAUGCUGUUUCAGUUUUGCCACUGUGGAUGUAGCCCUCUCCUGCACUUCAACAGCUUCAGUACUUUUAGUUGGAUAUGGGUUUAUCCUUAUGGUGGCGCUUCUCUGUACUGGCUUGCAUGCUUUCCAGCAAUACUCAAGGGGCGAGCGCCUUACCAUCACAAUUUAUUUUGAUGUGUUAACCAACUGGGUGUGCUGGCUGUUAAGCCCUCUUAGAAUGCUGACUUGCAUACAUAGGGUGCUCGAUAGGACAUGCAGUUUUUUGCAGCACUUCUUCUGGGGGAUCAUAAGUGUAGCCAAUGUUUCUCUUAACCUUGCAGCAAUACUUGUGAUAUGCCCAUUGAUCUUUGGCUGGUUACUUGAUAUCUGCACUUCAGAAUUGUUUGGUGUGAAAAUACCUCAGAAGCUCCGACUUCUGUUUGCUUCAUCGUUUGCUUCUAAUGCCCUUCACUGGCUUACUGGAUGCAUCUGUUUGAAGCUUCACUACUCACUUUCCAGUCUUCUUCGCCCGGUGUGUAUGUUAUAGUUUUGGUUCUUUUGUUUCAGAAUUUAACCAGUGGUAGGCAUGUGUUUUGCUUGUCAAUAGGUAUUGAGGCUAGGAGUUAGUGCCCCUUUUGUUCAUUCAGUAAAUAUAUACUAACUAUAUACUUCACGUCUUGUACUUCCAUUUUGAUUCACAUAAGCACAGUUAGUAACUUGUUGGGUACUAAAUUCAAUGGCCAAAUCAAUGUGUUAUUGUGUGUAUGUCGGAGCUGGAUUAGUCAAAAUAGUCAUAUGUAUCAAUAAAAGUACCUAUGUGGUCAAAGAAAAGGAAAAAAAGGUACCAAAAUUGCAUCUUUUUAUAGAAGGAACUUUUCAUUCUAAAUCGCAAAUAGUUUUUAUAUAUGGAUGAUAGAACUAAGACCUGAUGUUAAAUUAGAAUAAACUGUUAGUAGUGCCUGUGUGCACUUUGUCCUUAGGUGGUUCGUGCCUACGUGCACCUUAUCACCAAUUAUGCUUUGCUCGUGUCAUGCUAUAGCAUAUUCACUAGAAUAUGCUUGUAUCUCUUAAGGUGUCUUACGAGUCUAGUAGCAUAUUCCUUUGAAUAUGUUGUUUGGAGUCUAUAUGUAUCAAGACUGCCCUUUGGGCCUCUUUGAGAGAGAAAUAGAUUUUCAUUUGGGUCAACAAUGGAUUCCAUCAUCUUGAAGAUUUUGCUAUCUGAUUAGGUAAUUCCCAUUCAAAUGCACUGAAAGCUUCAUCAAAUCUGGAGAUUAGAAGAAUCCCCUUUGAAGUGUAGGCUCACCCAGCCAAGCAUUAGUUUGCUCCAUAUAUUAAAAUGCAGUUUGAAAAUUUCAAACUGUUUCUCUGCUGGUUUUGUUCAAAGCAUGCACUCUAGCUUCCCAACCUUUUAAUAAAUGAUGAUGUCUUGUGAAAAUUUUGUAAUUUCUCCUAUUGUCUUGUUUAUUUGUUGUUCUCAUGCACUUCGCUAUACCACUCAAUUAACAUCAAUUAACAGAUGUUACAUAUCCAAACGAAUCGUGCGCAGAGCUUGUUACUAACAUCCCCCCCACCCCAUGCUGUUGGCAGGAGAUCUGCUGCUGUUCGUAUGGUGCUACUUGUGGUGCUAGCGUGGCUUACUUUAUUGAUAUUCAAUGCUACUCUACUUGUUGUUCCAGUUUCAGUUGGACGGUCAUUGUUGUUUGCCAUCCCUCAGUUGCCAGUAGCAGGUGCUUUGAAGUCAAAUGAUCUUUUUGCGUUUGCUGUUGGAUUUUGCAUCUUGUCAACUAUUAUUGCUGCCUCUAGAGAUGCCUUUGCUUACGUGAAGUCUGGGAGGACACGCCUUCUGACUUCUAUUAUGUGCAAUUGGGGUACACCUGCUUUGAAGAGUUCUCCACUUUUGUUCCUAUGGGUUGUCACCAUUCCCUUUCUGAUUGGAUUGUUGGUUGAUUGUCUACUGAUAUUACCCUUCGUGGACAAUGAAGUUCCAGUUCUCGAUUUCUCCUGUACUUGGUUCCUGGGGUUGCAAUUGCUGAAAUUCUGGACUAAGUUGGUUCACUUGACAAGGAUUGCACCUUUCCUGGCCUAUGUCAUCGAUCAAAGGUAGGAUCAGAAGCUAACUCAGGCAAGGGAGGAUGGGUUUUCAGGGCUCAUGGCAAUGUGGGUGUUGCGAGAUAUAUUGAUGCCGAUCAUCUUGAAGCUCCUGUCUGCUCUCUGUGUUCCUUAUGUGCUCGCAAAAGGUGUCGCCUCAGUAUUUGGCUACUCUGCUACCGUGAACUCUGCAGUGAUACGUUUUGCAUGGCUAGGGAUCCUUGCCAUGUGUGCGCUCUGUUAUGUAGCCAAAUUACUCUGCAGGCUCGUCGACAGACUCCACGAUUCUAUCAGGGAUGAGCGCUAUCUCGUCGGCCAGAGGUUGCGGAACUAUACUGACAAUAUGUAGCUCAACUCCAGAUUCACCCAGUCUUUAGUGUUAUUAAACAAGGUUAGGGUCAGAUAACCAGAUCUUUUUUUCCUGGAACAUAUACAAGCUACUAUUCUUGUGCUGCGUGUAUAGGCUACGUUGCAGUGAGAGAGGCAGCAACUGUCACUACUACAGAAAGAGGCUUUGAUUCUUUACAUUUGUCCCUGCAA